CAACAAUCAAAAAAGAAAAAGAAAGAAAAAAAGAGAAAUAAGACAAGAGAGAAAGAAUAUCCGAAUUUCUGACUAUGGUACAACAUUUUCAACUCGACUCUGUCCAAAAAAUCAAGAAACUGUCGAAGCGAAGAUGGUGCCAGUGUCCAUGAAAUGGUCUUUCUCUCCCACAAUCUCCGCCUCCAGACCACACCGAGUCAACCGAUUUCCUGGUGUGGCAAUGGCGUCCGCAGGCGCAAGUGUUGAAAAUGUGAAGGUUACUCAAGGUUUGGGUGAUUUGCCAAAGGUUAUUUUGACUUCUGUUCAUGGGAGUGAGGCAGAGCUAUACCUGUAUGGAGGUUGUGUCACAUCCUGGAAAGUAGCCAGUAAGGACCUCCUUUUUGUUCGCCCAGAUGCCGUAUUUACCGGACAAAAGCCCAUCAGUGGAGGAAUACCACACUGUUUUCCGCAGUUUGGACCUGGCGCAAUGCAACAGCAUGGAUUUGCAAGGAAUACGAACUGGUCCAUUGUUAGUUCUGAAAAUGUGGAAGGAAAUCCUACUAUUACUCUGGAGCUAAAAGAUGGUCCGUACAGCCGUUCUAUGUGGGAUUAUGGUUUUCAAGCUCUAUACAAAGUCACUUUGGACAAAAGUACCCUCUCCACAGAGUUAAAAGUAACAAAUACUGAUGAAAAGCCAUUUUCAUUUACUACUGCUCUUCAUACAUACUUCAAGGCUUCAGUGACUGGGGCAUCUGUUAGAGGAUUAAAAGGUUGCAAAACACUGAACAAGGAUCCUGAUCCUAAAAAUCCGGUGGAGGGUAAGGAGGAAAGGGACGUAGUCACAUUUCCGGGAUUUGUUGAUUGCGUCUAUCUGGAUGCUCCUGGAGAGUUGCAGCUGGACAAUGGUUUGGGUGAUGUGAUUACCAUCAAGAAUACAAAUUGGUCAGAUGCUGUUUUGUGGAACCCGCAUCUGACAAUGGAGUCGUGUUACAAAGAUUUUGUUUGCGUUGAGAAUGCCAAGAUAGGAAAAGUUCAGCUAGAGCCCAAGCAAUCUUGGACUGCACUGCAACACUUGAGCUUGGCUUGAAGUGCAGAUGGGAUCAACUUUUUUGUUCUUUCUUUUUUCUUUUUUUAUUUUCUCUUUGUGUGCUCUUCUUAUUAAGAGCAAAUCAACAUUGUAAACUGUCGGCAAUUCUCAAAUGACUGUACUAUGUGUAAGUUAUCUUGUUGUAUGAUGUAUUUCUUCAUCAAUAAAUAAUUUU